UACGCCGUGCAGACCUACGAUGGCCUUCCGAUCGCAAACGCCGUCUCGGACGUCCACAUCAAUCCCAGGGGCUCGGUGUUCCUGGCGGGAGCGUCGUUCGUUCCAACGUCGAGCAUCCAAAAUCUGGCUCAUAGGCGGGCCGAUGUCGCAACCCUGACGCCGAUCGAAGCCAUCGAAGCACUCGGUCGACAUCUGGGCUAUCCUGCCGGCAGCACGGCCAAUGCUACGAUCCAGUAUCCGGUUGCAAACAAUACAAAUAUCCUGCGCGUUUUCGGGGUGUCGUUUUCGACAUCCUCGGUGAGUGUCCAGCUCAAAUACUAUGCCCUCGAUCAAACCCUCAUCAAAGUCUGGGAUAUCAACACACCCAUGGUCGACCCCGAGCACUGGUAUAACGCCUUCGUGUCCGUUACGGACGGGUCCGUCGUUGCCCUGACAAACUGGGUCAACAAGGCCACCUCGUCCGUCCCAGACGCCUACUACGAUGUCGUCCCCAUUGAGAAUCACUCGAUUACCGAAGGCCGUGUGAUGAUCAUGAGUCCAUGGGAUCUGAACUAUUCCCCAUAUGGCUGGCACAGCAACUUUGACGAUGGCAGCCCUGACUAUUCCGCGAAUGUCACAACGAUCGGGAACAACGCUAUUGUCCAGGAGAACUGGGCGGCACUAGCCGAUCCCUUCUACAAUUUCCGGCCGCGUGGCCUCAACAGGACGUUCAACUUCACUCUGGAUCUGACCGUCGACCCGACGCAGGGUGGAAACGUAAACGCCUCGAUUGCCCAGGCUUUCUAUCUUGUCAGCCUCCUUCAUGAUAUCUUUUGCCGGUUCGGAUUCACGGAGGCAGCCGGAAACUUCCAGUUUGUCAACUUUGGCAAUCAAGGACAGCCGCUGGAUCCCGUGGUUGUCAAUGUGCAAGAUGGCAGUGGAUUUAACAACGCCAACUUUGCUACCCCGCCCGACGGCCAGCCGCCUCUGCUUCGGGCUUACAUAUUCACAGUGACAAAUCCCCGACGGGAUGGUGCCCUUGAUAAUAGCAUCAUGAUCCACGAAUUUGGACAUGGAGUCUCCAACAGAUUGACGGGAGGCUCAGCCACAGCGAACUGUCUGACAACUCCCAUGUCCCUCGGGUUGGGCGAAGGCUGGAGCGACUGGCUCUCGAUCGCCCUCCAGAACAAUCCAAACACGACCCGAAACGACCUCUUUUACAUUGGCGCCUAUCCGUUCAACAGAUCGGUUCGGAACUACCCUUACACAACCAACAUGAGCGUCAAUCCGAGCGUGUACUCCUUGUUACAAAACACAGGUCGGAUUAACUACACCGAGCCCCACAGCAUGGGCGAAAUAUGGACUUCGAUGCUUUGGGAGGUCUAUUGGAACAUGGUCGACAGCAGCGGCUUCGCCGACCCAAAGUACCUGAACAUGACUGCCGGAAACACACUUGCAUAUCUCAUGGUCAUUGAUGGCUUCAAGCUUCAGCCCUGCAACCCUACCUUUGUGGCGGCUCGCAAUGCGAUCAUCAAGGCAGAUCAAGUCAACACGGGCGGAAAGUACUUUUGUCAUAUCUGGAGAGGCUUUGCGAAGCGUGGCCUGGGAUACUCCCAAGUCGAUAUUACUGCUGGCAGUGGAGGCUAUGUCGACUACUUUGAUUUGCCGCCGAGCUGCAGUGGCCAGGCAAACCACACCGGCGCACUGACGCUGGGUUUACAGACCAAUGAGCUGGCCUCCAACUCCAGCUCACACGGCCUAUCCUCUCGACAAAGCAGCCGCGAUUUCGUUGCCUUGUAUAUCGCAGCACUCGCUGCAGUCUAUUUGAUCCAUGCCCGGAAUUAGCCGAUUCCCAGAGGUUCACUGCUUGGUCGGAACGAAACGGGACAACGUGUCCCUGAGCGUCCUGAAUGGCCUGUAGGCUCCAGUGAACAAGCCGUGCGAUUGUUUCCUGUCUAGUUGACAGUCUCCUGAUUUCGUUGGCUUGGUCUUGAAUACACUCGGUUGAUCUCCUGUGGCGAUGUGGGAGUGUAGUGCGUCCACUCGAUGUGUGAG